GGAGAUGCUGCCAGCCCUCCCGAGGCCGCGCUCGCUCAGCCGCCGCCGCCGCACGGAGCAGCCGCGCGCCGGGAGCCGCGGGCCGGGCCAGCCGGGCCGCCGGGGCCCAGUGCGCCGCGCUCGCCGCCGGUAGCGCCGCCAGCGCCGUCCGCUCUCCCUCGGCGGCCGCGGGGCCCGAGGCUGUUCCGUGGAGGGGGCGAGGGCGGCGCCCAGGCGCCCGCCGCCGGGAAGGCAGGAUGAGCAUCGAGAUCCCCGCGGGACUGACGGAGCUGCUGCAGGGCUUCACGGUGGAGGUGCUGAGGCACCAGCCCGCGGACCUGCUGGAGUUCGCCCUGCAGCACUUCACGCGCCUGCAGGAGGAGAACGAGCGCAGAGGCGCCGCGCGCUUCGGCCAUGAGGGCAGGACCUGGGGGGAAGCGGGCGCCGCCGGCGGGGGCGGCACCCCCAGCAAGGGGGUUAACUUCGCCGAGGAGCCCGUGCACGCCGAAUCGGAGAACGGGGAGGAGGAGGAAGAGGAGGCCGCGGACCCCGGGGCAUUCAACGCUCCAGUAAUAAACCGAUUCACGAGGCGUGCCUCAGUAUGUGCAGAAGCUUAUAAUCCUGAUGAAGAAGAAGAUGAUGCAGAAUCCAGGAUCAUACACCCCAAAACUGACGAUCAAAGAAAUCGAUUGCAAGAGGCUUGCAAAGACAUCCUGCUGUUCAAGAACCUGGAUCCGGAGCAGAUGUCUCAAGUGUUAGAUGCCAUGUUUGAAAAAUUGGUCAAAGAAGGGGAACAUGUAAUUGAUCAAGGUGAUGAUGGUGACAACUUCUACGUAAUUGAUAGAGGAACAUUUGACAUUUACGUGAAAUGUGAUGGUGUCGGAAGGUGUGUUGGUAACUACGACAACCGUGGAAGUUUUGGCGAACUGGCCUUAAUGUACAACACGCCCAGGGCGGCCACGAUCACGGCUACCUCUCCUGGUGCUCUGUGGGGUUUGGACAGGGUAACCUUCAGGAGAAUAAUUGUAAAAAAUAAUGCCAAAAAGAGAAAAAUGUAUGAAAGCUUUAUCGAGUCACUGCCAUUCCUUAAAUCUUUGGAAGUUUCUGAACGCCUGAAAGUGGUAGAUGUAAUAGGCACCAAAGUAUACAACGAUGGAGAACAAAUCAUUGCUCAGGGAGAUUUGGCUGAUUCUUUUUUCAUUGUAGAAUCUGGAGAAGUGAAAAUUACCAUGAAAAGAAAGGGUAAAUCAGAAGUGGAGGAGAAUGGUGCAGUCGAAAUCGCUCGGUGUUCCCGGGGACAGUACUUUGGAGAACUUGCUCUGGUAACUAACAAACCGCGGGCCGCGUCCGCACAUGCCAUCGGGACCGUCAAGUGUUUAGCCAUGGAUGUGCAAGCAUUUGAGAGGCUUUUGGGACCUUGCAUGGAAAUUAUGAAAAGGAACAUCGCUACCUAUGAGGAACAGUUAGUUGCCCUGUUUGGAACAAACAUGGAUAUUGUUGAACCCACUGCAUGAAGCAAACGUGAGGAGCAAGAAGACCUGUAGUGACAAAAUUACACCGUAGUGGUUAGUCCACUGAGAGCCUGUCUGUGUACAUGCCAAGCAUUUUCUGUGAUUUCAGGUUUUUUCUUUUUUUUCUUUUUUUUUUUUUAACAUUUGCAAUGUGUCAGUAAACAGAGUAGUGAUUUAAUAGUCCAUAGGCUUUAACAUCACUUUCUAAGAGUAGAUCAAAAAAAAAAUCCACAUCCAGAGACAGUGACUUUCUAUCCCACAAAAUUAUUUGACUGAAAGCUUUAUUCAGAUAAUUGUAACAUAUUGAAAGUAUCUGUGUUUAAGAAGUUCAUUAAAGGAUGUUGUCAUAGGCGGUGUGUUCAUUUUGACUUACUUGGAUUGAUGUGUUAGUGACGGCGUCCAUGUAAGAGGGAACUUGCAGUGAACCAUGCUGUCCAGUGUGGCAUCACAGUCUUUGUACAACUCUCACUCUAUAUAGUAAGUACAAUUCAAUCGUUUUUGUUUUAGAGUUUUUCUGGCUUGAUAAGUUAUGUGCUGGCCUUGGCCUAUUGGUGAAAUGAUAUGAAACAUCAUAUGCAAUUUUAAAAACCUUUUAUAUUUUUGCAAUAAAGUACCUUCUGACUUCUUUGGCUUAAUGCCAGUGACCUGCAUAUUCCAGUGGUUUUUAAGGACAGGCAAUUCAGUCAUUAUGGUAAUAGGCAAGAGUCUUUUUAGUUGAGAGAUUAUUUUCCUCAUAAAUCAUAUAUUGCUGCUUCCUUUUUUCAUUUUGCAACUCGCUGUAUUUGUUAUCUUUUAACAUUUGAGUUUGACAUUGAAUGUCACAAGUAUUUUAGAACGCUCUUUAAACUUAAUUGUUGUCUUCUAAAAGCCUAAGAGCUUAUUAUGUAUGCUGAAAAAGGAAAAAGUCUCCUAUACCAAAAAUAUUUGGGGUCCAUAUCAACCUGCCCACAGGAUAUUUCUCGGUUCCUCACUGGGCAUACGUAACACAGUCCUUUGCAGACAUCUCCCAUGGGCUUCCUCCAAGGUGGGAGAAAAGAAUUUUUUUCUAAGUAAAAACAUAGUUGAAAGGUAUUUCUGCCCUUUCCGGAUAGACCAUCAGGCCUGGCCGUGUGCUUUCCCGUCGACUCUCAGGAGUGCAGAAUGAACUCAGCUGAAAAUUGAUCUAUUUGUACUUCUGCUACAUAAAAUGCAUUUAAUUAUAUUUAAUCAAUGCAAUAUACUCUUCCAUGAUUUCUGGGCCUACAUGACCCAUGUCUAGAGAAAUUCAUUUUAACCAGUUGUUCACUUUUAAGGGAGCAACUUCAUUCUGGGAAACAUGUUUCGAAGAAAUAGAUACCCGGGUAAAUAUGUUCUGUGGCUAGUGUGGUCUUAUAAUGUUUAUGGUCUUGCUUGUAUAAUGAAAAUGUGGGUAAAAUAUGUUAAUUGGAUAACAUACAUAUAAGAAAUAUGUUAAGUAUACCUUCAGCCACGUCUUAGAACACUGUUUAACAAUUCUGCAAACUUCCCCGUAGGAGGAGAGCUUACUACAUGAAGAGGACUUGUUUUCUAUUUCAGAUUUUAAAAGCCAUGUCUGUUAAACAAGAAGAGACACAAAAGAACCCCCAGAUUCCUGGUUCAUCCUUCUGUGUUCUGUAUUCACUUUUUCAAGUUACCUGUUUUGUUGCAUAAGCUGAUUGUUAACUUACAAAUGCCUGUUUAAUAAAGAACUCUGACCAAGGCUGUAAAUGCCAGUUAACAUUAUUUUCAGUAUUGUUGGUUAUAUUUAAAAUUUCCUUAUAAUAAAGCACACUUUUAUAAUAAAA